AUGUCGGUCCUGGAGGAGGAUACCAAGGACGACCUUGGCCAUCUGAUCGAAGCGGCAGGCCUCGGCGAGCCCGCGCUGCGCACCUACCUCACGACCAAGCAGCUGAAAUCCUGGACAGAGGGCCGGACCUUCGCAGAAUGGGUCGUGGCCGUCAUUCGCUACUCCUGGGCUGGCUUGCUGCACGGCCGCAUCACAGUCGCGUCUGUGUUGAAUCACAUCGACAAGGUCACGCGGCUGGUGGCGGACACUGCCAGCCCGGCUCCGCUGGCCGAGAGGAACGCCCUUGCCUACGACCAGCUGGUCUGGAGCACCGCUUGGGCUGAAGCCAAGCGCAAGGCCGACCCAGCGGCCUUCGCAGCAGCUAUGUCGGGUGACAAAGAGGACCUGGUCACGCAGGCAGAGAAGCAAGCGAAGGAGGUCAAGCUCAACGCCCCCAGCGCGAGCACCAGGACCCAGCGGAAGCCAGGCGCGGUCCACUUCUGCUUCAGGCACUUCUCGGGCAAAUGCGACAUGCACGAGCGCGGCAAGACGUGCGUCUUCCACCACGAAUGCCCGCGUUGUGCCAAGACGCAGGAGGGCUGCCCAGCGAACCGCAUCAAGCCGCUAGGCCUGGAGCUGAUCAAGACCAGGGACAAGC